AUGCAGAUUGCACCCAAGAUGUCAUCGUCGCCAAAUCUUCUGACAUCGACUGAACCCGUUACGUCGCCUACGAUUGAAAUACCGGCUCCAUCCGUGACGCUGACGACAACCGAGAGGUCCGCCAAAGACAAAGCGCCGACCACAGCUGCAGUACCACUAGCGUCUGAAAUGCAGAUUGCACCCAAGAUGUCAUCGUCGCCAAAUCUCCUGACAUCGACUGAACCCGUUACGUCGCCUACGACUGAAAUACCGGCUCCAUCCGUGACGCUGACGACAACCGAGAGGUCCGCCAAAGACAAAGCCCCGACCACAGCUGCAGUACCACUAGCGUUCUGA